AUGGCGGCGACGUACAUGACUGGCAUUGCGGCGGUAAAAGAGCGCUAUGUGCUGAACUCGUGGCCCUCGCGCAGUGUGCGUAUCAAAGACGGGGCGCCCAGUAUCCUUCCCGAAGUCAGUACGAGCGAACCUUCAAGCGACGCACGGCCACAAAAACGGGCGCGCGGCCAGAACAAAGGGCGCACGUUUGCGAAAACGGGCGAUCAAGUGAGUCUCUGUUCGCAGAUUGCGCAAGGAGGAGAAUGCGCGUUUGGCGAGCAGUGCCGCCUUGGCCAUGACCUGUGUGCGUACCUGGAGCACAAGCCACGCGAUUUGUUUCGCUAUGCGUCGCCCGCGCACGAUGCGGACCGUGAUGCGUGGCUUGAGCAGCAAUUUUUGCACGCGGCUGCGCUCGAUGCAGGCGAUCUUCCUGCGCCUGGACCGUGUGACGACGUAGUCCAGCAGUCGCUGGACUACACCACGAGCUGCCCGUAUUAUGAAACGCGAGUGCGUGUGAGUGGAUCGCGUGCCGCUGCAGGCGAUGCGGCGCAAGGUACAUUCCAAACGGGCCUGACGCUGCACACGGAUUUGGAACGCGUUGCAGCGUGGGAGGCGCAGCAUCCCUCGGCGCGUGCAAACAACGGGAGCGACGAGAUCAACUGGGUGUCUGGUGCACAAAUGCGUGCGCUGCGGCUACACAAGUACAAGUACGAGCGUGCGCCGGCGAUCGUUGCGAAGCUGCAAGACGAGGCGCGCUCCGCAAACGGCGAGGCAGGAAAAGGCGCACUGGUCGUCGACUACGCGUACGAAGCAGCGCUUGCCCAGGAGCGCGCGCGCGCACCGAGCGGCGCCGACGCGACGGAAGAAGCGCUCGAGGAGCACGCCAAUGCGCUGCGCAAUGUGCGACCGAGCGACGAUGCGGCGGAUUUGGCGCGCGUGCGUGCCGCGGAGAAACGGCGCCUGCAAUGGCAUGGCGAGCUGUACCUUGCGCCGCUGACCACCACUGGAAAUCUUCCGUUCCGCCGCAUCUGCACCACGUUUGGCUCCGAUAUCCACUGCGGCGAGAUGGGCAUGGCCGAGUCGUUCACCAAUGGCCACGCGUCCGAAUGGAGCCUCACCCGUCGCUGGGACGGAGAGCGCAUUUUUGGCACGCAGGUAUGUGGUGCAAAGCCCGAGUACCUUGUCCCUGCUGCCGAGGUGCUUGCGCGCGAAAUCGGCUCCGGCCUGGACUUUGUCGAUGUCAACUGCGGCUGCCCUAUCGACUUGGUGUACAACAAAGGCGGCGGCUCCGCGCUGCUCGACCAUGCGAAUAAGCUCGGGCGUAUUGUGCGUGGGAUGAAUGCUGCGCUUGGUGAGAUCCCGCUCACCAUCAAGUUGCGCACCGGCACCUCGGCGAAACAAACCACGCACAAGAUUUUUGCGCGCGCACAGACCGAGUGGGGCGUGCAAGGUGUCACGCUGCACGGCCGCACGCGCAAGCAGCGGUACAAGAAUGAUGCCGACUGGUCGUAUAUCGGGACGUGUGCCGAUGCACUGCGCGAAUCUGUGCGUGCGUGGAACGAAGAAGCGGUACAUGCCGACAUGCCGGAAAUGCAGCCGGUCCCGAUCUAUGGGAACGGCGACGUGUACAGUUGGCAAGAUUACUACAGGCACAUGGAGGAGACGCGUGUCGACGGCGAGAUGAUUGCGCGCGGCGCGCUGAUCAAGCCGUGGAUCUUUACCGAGAUCAAGGAGCGCCGCGACUGGGAUAUCAGCAGUCGCGAGCGGCUCGAUAUGGUGCGCCAGUUUGCCGAGUAUGGCCUGACGCAUUGGGGCGCAGACACGCAAGGUGUCAAUACGACACGCCGCUUUUUGUGCGAGAUGCUAUCGUUUACGCACCGCUAUAUACCGAUUGGGAUCUUGGAGCAUGUGCCUGUGCGCAUGAACGACCGCCCGAAACCGUUCCAGGGGCGCGACCCCCUCGAGUCGUUGCUCAGUAGCCCGAGCGCACAAGACUGGGUCCGCGUCUCGGAGCUCUUCCUCGGCAAGGCGCCGCAACACUGGCACUUUAUGCCCAAGCACAAGUCCAACAGCUUUGGCGACGCGGCGCUGGAAGGAUAG